AAUAUUUGUUGAUUUAGAGCCUCAUCAUUUUUGUGCUAUUCCCGCUGUACAUAGAUUAGCCAUUCAAGAUAUUCAACCGGAUUCAGUGUUUUUGUCGUGGAAAAAUGGAAACCGUUCUGGACUUCAUGGCUAUAAAUUGGAAUAUUAUUCAAUUGAGGAUCCACGAUCUCCAGCAGCUAUCAUAUCAUCUGUCGCACUAUCGCCAACUCAUAUGAGCAAGUUCAUUGAUAAAGAAGCUCAAACAGCAUUCAUUGAUAAUUUAACACCAGAAACUAGGUACCUAAUUUGUAUUAUUGGAUUAGGAAAUUGGAUACCACAAAAUACUUCUCAUUUUUUACCUAGUGAUACAGAAAGCAGCCGAUGUGCUGAAAUUAAAACAUUAGACGGGGAUUUAACGUUUUUUUCAGAUGAACAGUAUAUGAGUUCAAUACUAACCAGAAGACUGGGGUUAAUUAUUGGAAGCUGUUUAGGUUGUGUGGUAUUUAUCGUAUUAGUUUCUGUAUUAGGUUAUUUAAAAAUUAAAAAGCAGCGAGAAGAUUCAAAAAGAGAACAACCUUUACCUCCAGAAUAUUUGUCAUACCGACAUUUUUCGUUACAUACUACCGAUCCCCUGUCUGCUUCUGCUUUACACUCGUCUAACCCAAUAACAACUGUAACAUGAAAGUUAUAUUAUAGUAUAGAACAUCCAUACAAAAAUAUAUUUAUUUAUUUAUAUAAAUGUAAGGAAAUAUACAAUAUAUUCCAUUAACUAUAGUUAGUGUAAUCAAUAAUUACAAAUUUAAUUCUAAAAUUAGUAUUCAACUAAUUUAGAAUUAUAUCAAAAUUAGUUGUAAUCAUAUUAAUCUUAACUCACAACUAAAAAAAAAGUGUAAAUAGCAAUAACAGAAUAAAUUUUUAUUAAAAAACUGUAUAGGGUAAAGUUUUUUUUUAUUUAUACAAAAACAAUAAUGCGAAUUAUACAUUGUAAAAUAUAUUUAAGUGUUGUAGAGA